AUGUCCACUUUACAGCAGCAAAACGAACACACGGCUCCCAUCGCUAGCCCCGUCGCUUGGUACUCGUCCAGCGUGUUCUUAGUGGCGGUCCGCGUCGCGCAGUUUGCCUCGACCAUCACGGCGCUGGGCCUGCUGGCGUAUCUGCUGAACGGCAGCGGGAGCGGCGGCUUCGAGCUCGCGGUCCCGGCCAUCUCCCUCACCUACUUGGUGGUUGUUGCCUCUGCCACGCUGCCGCUGAACCUGUUCGCGGCGGCUGCGGUUGCCGUCUUCGAAGUCGCGAUCUUCGCACUGUGGAUCGCCGCGAGCGGGAGGGUCGGCGUGGCGUACGGCCAGUACAACUGCGCAGCAGUUUCGUCCUGGGACGAUUACGAAUUUUACUACGACUUCGACUUUGACUACGACUACGACCUGGGCACGGCGUGCAGAGCGGGCCAAGCGGCGAUCGCGUUCGCGGCGUUCUCGGCGCUCCUGUCGGCAUGCGCGCUGUGUUUACUAUGCGUGAAUGUCCUGAUUCCCCUGAACACCGGCUUCGUGGGCGGGGUGCGGCCCGAGGGCGCGGGUGCGCGUCUGCGCCGCUUUACAGCGCUGGCGAUCGCGCGCGCGGAGACCGCGGGGGACGUGGAGGCACGCGCGUCGCACGUGAUCGAGGCGCCUGUCCCCGUGACCAGCGGCGCGCCUCACGUGACCGAAACACCUGCACCCGUCGCCAGCGACAGCGUUCCGCACGUGACCAGGGGGAACAAUCCUCACGUGACCGAAACCCCUGACCCCGUGGCCGCGCCCGAGCCUUCUGUCGGCGCCUAG